UUUCUUUUUGCUGGUAUUGUAUCUCAUUUUCACAUAAAAUACAUUAAAACUUUUUUACUCAACCUUCUUAAUUAGGCACUUUAGUAAUUUUUCCUCUCUUUUGGUUUAUAAUUGUUUACCAUAUUCUCUAUCUUUUAAUGUUCUUGCUCGUUAUGCAGCUAUGCCUAAAGAGAGAAGUGUGUUCAUGUGAGGUUUCUGCACGGUAUUUAAUUUACUCCCUUUUCUGUUCUUCUCUCUCUCACUCAUUCUAUCUCUAUCUAUUUAUCUCUCUUUCGCUCUCUCUAGUUCUCUUUCUCUCUCAGCUUUACUUUUAUAAGAACAAUAAUUAUGCUUAUAUUUUGUUUUUUGCCUUGUUUUAAAAAUCACUGAAUUUAACGAUUUUCAAUUAAACAAAGGAAAAAGAACUACACAACAAAUAAAGGACGCGCGCAGUCUUUUAGCGAAUCAACGGCAAUUUGUGUAAUUGUAUGCAUUCGCAUAAGAAUUUUGCAUAUUUUGUGUUAAAAGUUUUCUCCGUGAAAUAACCGUUGAACCGUGUGUGCACUUGUAUUCAAGUUAAUAGAAUAAUUAUUUAAAAAAUAUUAAAAGGCCUUUCUUUACUUUUUUUUAAAUUUUCAAGCUUAUUGGGAAAAAAUCAAUUAUAUAAAAUUAUUUAAAAAAAAAAUUGAUAAACAAAUAAAAAAAAAGGAAUUGGUCCAGGAUUGCUGAUUGAAGCACAAUUGGAAGGAACAUCGUUAAACGCAUACACUUCCCAAUAAACACUCUAGAGGUGAAAGUCCUGUGGAAAUAAUCGGGAAUUGUUUCCAUUGUGUAUAUCUUCCGUUCGUUCACUUCCCACUUUAAAUAGUAUUAAAAAUGACAGCUUCGCAGCGUCAAGAAUUUUGUGUACGUUGGAAUAGUCAUUUGGGUAGUAUAGGUGCCGCUUUUCCUCAAUUACUGGCUGGUCAACGUUUCGUUGAUGUUACAUUAGCUUGCGAAGGACAUCAAGUACACUGUCAUCGAUUGGUGUUGGCCGCCUGUUCAUCAUAUUUUGAGAGCAUCUUAGCCGAGAAUCCCUGCAAGCAUCCUGUUAUUAUACUACCAUCAGAAAUAAAAUUAUGGGAAAUUCAGGCACUGGUCGAUUUCAUGUACAAAGGUGAAGUCAAUGUAACACAAGCUGGUCUACCGCAGUUGCUAAGAUGUGCCGAACAAUUAAGGAUACGGGGCUUAUAUGGUUCGGAUGCUGCCUUAAAUCUCAAUCAGUUGAAGGCUUUGUCACAAAAGGUUUCUACAGCGGGAGUGAAUAAUGUCAUGCAAACACAAUCAUUAAACACUGCGGAUAGUGUUGAUGAAGAUACAGCAACCAGUUCAACGAUAACAUCACAAAUUAAUCAGAAUCUAACAUCAGUCUCAAAUGCCGCCACUGCCGCCGUUUUAGCGGAACAGUAUAUAAAAAAGGAACCCAUGUCUACGCCUAGUACAACACCGCCCAACGCAACUGUUAUAACAACGGCAACUACAAAUAAAAUAUUGCAACAACAACAACAACAACUUAAUAGUGCUGCUGCUCUUGCGGCCAUGAUGGCCAAUGCAAAUGCGUCCGCCUCGAAUCUGCCCUCAGCGGACGACGACGAUUCCGGUGAUGAUUCCAAUUCAAACAAUUACGAGCAAUACGAAAUGGUGGCGGCGGCAGCAGCGGCCCUCAAUCAAACGAACAACGCGCAGAAAUUACAACAAAAACAACAACAACAUCAGCAACAGCAGCAGCAACAACAACAUCAGCAGCAGCAGCAGCAACAACAACUCCAACAACAUCAUUUAGAUUCCACUGUAGAAGAAGAUCAUAAUUAUACUGCUCACGAUGAAGAUGAUAGCUACGGUACGAGUACGGGAGUAAUGGUAAUGGAUCAAGAUAGUGUAGCCGCUAUGCAAAAUUCUUCGAUCGAGGGUGGCGGAUCAAUGAAACGUGUUAGGCGUUCUGAAGCAUCUUUGGCUCAGGCAGCAAAAUGCGUUUCAAAGGGACAAACUUUUCAAACGGUAAGCAAUAUAUUCAAUAUACCCGUCUCCACGAUACGUUUCUAUAUGGCUCGGAAGGGUAUACUGCCGAAACGUAAACGCGGCCGUGGCGCUUCCUCAAAUAUGGGUGUAAAUAUAUCGGGAGCGGUAACCGCCUCGAAUGUAGCGGCUGUAAUGUCUCAGGCUUUGGCUCAAAUUAAAGGCGAAAGUGAUAAUAGUAAUAAUGCGCAUUUACCCGAUAAUCCGUAUAAUAACAGUAUGAGCUAUAAACUGGAACCGGGUACAGCCCAUAUGAUUUAAAAUUAUUAACAAAAAGACUAAGGUAAGGCAGUUAAGUGAUGAUGGCGGCAGCUUUCCCCCACCCCUAAAUCCCAAUCCCAACCCCCUCCGUUCCUUCGUCUCUCUCGUCCCAUUCCCGCCCAUCUCUCUUUAUUAGAUAAGCGAACACAAAGAGUUGUGAAUUGUUAACGACAUAACAAUUUUACAGAUAUUUUUGUAUAAACACAUGCAGGCAGAAGCAGGUUACCUUUCAGAAAAUAUCUAAGUGAAAAGUGAGGUUAGAUAAGUAAGUAUUCAUAUAAAAGAAAAGAUAAAAUAAAUAAAAAUAACAAUAACAAUAAGAAAGAAAUUAAAUAAAUAAAAAAAU